AUUCAUUUGCCCUGAUGUCUUUGAACGGGUGCAGAAACACCCUUGCGGAUGAUUUAUCAAUGUGUAGGGCACUCCUGAAAUUAAUAAGCCAUACUUCUUCCAUUUGGAUAAAUUCUUCAUAUUUCCUAGCUAAAGUACAGACACCAAAAAUGGCGAGCGCGCUGCGAGAUUGGGGAAACGAGCCAUCAUUGUUAAUGAUCUGCUUCUUUGUUGUUACAAUCAGUUUGAGCAAUGCACAGGAUCAACCAGGCUUCAUAAGCAUAGAUUGCGGAUUGCCACCUAAAACAUCUGUCAACUACCGCGACCUGGACACACACAUUUUUUACAAGAACGAUGAAGAUUACAUCGACACAGGGAUCAAUAAUGACAUAGAUGAAUAUCACCUGCAGGAUUCUGUUUAUCGGCCCCUAUGGACCGUCAGAAGUUUUCCAAACGGUACUAGGAACUGUUACAAUCUCACUGAAGUACAGGGCAAGGGUGAAAAGUACUUGAUCAGAGCAACAUUUUUCUACGGGAACUACGACCACCAGAAUCAACCACCAACCUUUGAUCUUCAUCUUGGAGUUGAGCGGUGGGAUACCGUAGGCACGAAGAAUGAUACAACGCCCAUCGUCAAGGAACUCAUCCAUGUCCCAUCAUCAAAUUAUCUAUACGUUUGUCUCAUCAACACGGGCAAUGGAAUUCCUUUCAUCUCAGCAUUAGAGCUUCGGCGCCUGGAUAAAAAUAUUUAUCCCACAGAUAAUCCUGGCGACUCGCUAGCAUUUUUUUGGCGCUUCAAUCUUGCUCCAGUAGACCCCUACAAAGUUAUCAGGUGUUCAUGAUGAAACAUUUGUUUCCCAAUGAGUAAGAAGGUCUAAACUUUUAACCUCUUUUUAACUGAUUGUGUUGCAGUAUUAGGUACCCGGAUGACAUUUACGAUAGGAUAUGGAGUCCAUAUCGCACGCCUGAUUUUUGGGUGGAAAUCAAAUCAAACACCACCCUCAACGUUACAGAGAACAGUUACAGUCCACCACAGAAGGUGAUGAAAACCGCUGUAAUGCCUCGAGAUGAUGAUCAACCCCUGAACUUAGAAUGGAAACCCCCAAACCCAAACAUAGAGUUCUAUGUCUUCAUGCAUUUUGCUGAAGUUGCAGAGUUGCAAAGCAACGAAUACAGAGGAUUUUAUGUUGAUCUAACUAAGGAAAGAUCACCCGACCAACCUAUCGUUCCUGAAUACCUGUCAGUAUUCACCAGGGGUACCAGCCGGGGGGAAAACAAAGUAAGGUUUAAAUAUUCACUAAGAAAAACAGAGAAUUCAACUCUUCCACCCAUCAUUAACGCUCUGGAGGUGUAUUCUGAAAUGCGGUUUGUUCAAUCGCAGACGGAUGAAAAUGAUGUCAGGGGAAUACUUAAUAUCAAGUCAAGAUACAAAGUGAACGGAAACUGGCAAGGGGACCCUUGUUUGCCUAAAAAGUUCAAGUGGGACGGCAUUGAUUGCUCUGUAUCCAGAAACGCUAGUAUUCCUCCCAGGAUCACAUCACUGAAUUUAUCCUCAAGUGGAUUAACUGGGGACGUGCCCUCCGAUUUAUCCCUUCUAACUUCCCUGGAGAACCUGGAUCUGUCAUAUAAUUCUUUGAAUGGACCAAUACCAGGUUUUCUAGCUGAGCUGUUACAUUUGAAAUUCCUGAACUUAUCAGGAAACCAACUCAAAGGCAAAAUUCCUAAAAAACUUCUUGACAAGGCAAAGAGUGGCCUGCAGUUGAGAGUUGAUGGAUAUGAUUCAUAUGGACGCUGUGAAGCUGACCUGUGCCGGAGCAAGAAAUCCAAAAAGUUUGUUGUCCCAGUGGUUAUCACGCUUACAUCGUCCUUGGUUAUCUUGGCUGCCUUAAUUGUGAUCCUGAAGUUAAGAAGGGCAAGAAACUCGUCUGCAAUGCUGCGAGUCAAGCAGAACAAAAAAGAUACGUUUCUGGAGCCAAAAAACAUGCAAUUUACAUACACGGAUAUCUUGAAGAUGACUAAUAAUUUUCAAAGGGUUAUAGGGAAUGGAAGUUUCGGAACAGUCUACCAUGGACUCACAGCUGAUGGCAAACAAGUGGCUGUAAAGGUACUCUCCCCGUCUUCUUCUCAGGGCUACAACGAGUUUCAGAGAGAGGCCGAUCUACUAACGAAGGUUUAUCAUCGUAAUUUAACACAUCUGGUUGGGUAUUGCUAUGAAGACACCCACAUGGCCCUUGUCUAUGAAUACAUGGAUAAAGGGAACUUGAGAGAAAACCUUUCAGAAACUGAUGGCCACAUCUUGAGUUGGUCAGAAAGGCUUCAGAUUUUGUUGGAUGCAGCACAAGGAUUGGAUUAUUUGCACAAUGGCUGCAAACCUCCCAUUGUACACAGAGAUGUGAAGUCUACCAACAUCUUAUUAACAAAAAAUUUUGAGGCCAAAUUGGCUGAUUUUGGACUAUCCAGAGCAUUCGCCGUAGAUGAUGGAGCUUAUGUGUCAACCAGAGUGGUUGGCACGCUCGGAUACCUUGAUCCUGAGUAUUAUGAAACACACAGGCUGCACGAGAAAAGUGAUAUAUAUAGCCUUGGGAUAGUUAUGUUAGAGCUAAUCACGGGAAGGCUGGCGAUCAUGUGGACGGAGGAGAAGCGCCAUGUAGCGCCGUGGGCUAGUGAAAUGGCGGCCACAGGGGAUAUCGCAAGUAUUGUUGAUCCAAAGUUGGAGGGGAAAUACGACAUUAAUUCGGCGUGGAAAACCCUGAAAGUAGCCAUGGCAUGCACCUCCAGCAGUUCAGCGAAAAGGCCAAACAUGGCUCAUGUUAUAUCAGAGUUGAAAGAAUGUUUGGCAGCACAAAAGGUACGGGAAGAAAGCCAAAGUACAGGUGCAAGUAUUAUGCUUGAAGUGAAUCCUGAGAUUCUUAAAUCUCAAGUUUGGGCCAGGUGAACGAUCAGUUAUUUAGCAUAUCUCCCUUGCAUGACAAAGAUGUUUGGAGCGCAAGGAAAAUUGGUUUUCAUUUUCCAACCAUAUUUGUGAUUGUGCUUCAUGAAUGUUUGUAUAAUAGAUGCACUAGUGUCGUUACAUUCGUCAUAAUCAAUGUUAAGUAUAAGUGUUAAUGGUGGUAUUAAUAAAGAGAAGAGUACUUCGAUAUGGUUCUUCACUUCUUGUUGUUGUUCCUGAA